AUGAAAACUCUUGGUGAUUGUCAUAAAAUAAAUUAGAUCUGUGAAUUUCUCAAAAGAUGGUAAUUUUCUUGCUUUAGCGGUUUUUAUCAGUAAUUGGAAUUUGGAUAUUUGAUGGGUAUAUUUAUAAAUUGGUUCAAUUAAUUAAAGGACAUGAAUGAGAAAUAUAUAAUGAAAUUUAGAUUAAAGAAAUAGCAUAGAGUUAAGAUUCUAUAUACUUAGCUUUUGUGGAAGAUUUAAAUCAAUUUGGAUAUAGGAUCAUGA